UCAUGGUAAAACGAUGGCCGCCUCAUGCGGCACUCGUGAACCAGUGUUUUUCAUUAUUUUCUAACUUUUUCAAUUCCCAAAGUGCUUGUCAUCAAAUAGAAUAAUCAUGUAUCGUCUGAUAAAAGCCCAGAGAGUGUCUCUCAAGAACGCAUACACCGGUCCCCUGCAUAUUUAUACUGAGACAACUGAUAAAUUGUGCUCAUUUUGCCAUGUUCAUCACUCCAAAGUGCCGAGGAAUCUAACAUUUUUCCAAGUUCGACAUCAGACGACGACAACAAGCACCGCAAUAUUACCAAUAGUAAAAAAACUAAAGCGUAAACCCCAGAAAUAUGCUGAACUAUUAGAAGUCAGGGAUAAUCUAACAAGCAAUCGUCGAGCAUCAGUGCGAACAUUGAACGCCUCCCACCUGUCCCUCCUGAUGAGAGAGCCCGACAUAACACUAGACAAGCUCCACAGAAUGAAACGAACAAACUUACUGAACAUUUCAAAUGCUAAAAUAAAUACAGAUAGUAAUCAAGAGGGUACUCAGAAGCUGCUGGACCUGCAGGCCCCGUCUCUAAUCGAGGAUUCCUUGAGAAUGAACGCAGAGACCCACAAGCUUGGAAUGACAGUGCUGGACGAUCUGGAGACGUCUGAGAUCUCCGGGAUAUCAGACACAGCUUCGAUAAUAAAGAAUCGAUCACUGUUGAACUCAAUUCCAGAGGAUCAGGCGAAGCAGGACCUGGACGAGGACCCAGACCCCCCAAGGCCCAUUCAAUAUUCCCCAAAAUCCACGAAGAAGAAAAAGCUAGAUAUCGCCGAGGUCGAGCGGCUGAGCCAGGUUCAGGAGCAGGCGAGGAGGGAAAGCCUCGUGAGGACACUGAACGCUUAUCUGAGGGUUUGUGUGAGCACAGGAAUGUUAGGCAGAGCCUACCACACGAUUAUGCACUAUCGCAAACGUGGGCACAGGUUCAAACAGCCAAAGGUGGCUGACAUCACCCUCUGCGACAUUCUCCUGCAGUCCUAUGCGUCCUCAGGGAAUCUCCACAAAGUCCAGGAGUUCCUGAAUAUAAUCAAAGUGGAUGGACUGACGCCAACAGCCAAGACGUAUGCAGCUGUCUUCGAGUGCAUUGGGAAGCGUAAUAAUCCUAAGUCGGAACUGGCAUUCCUGGUCAGCACUCAUCAACAGAUGAAGAGAGAGAACAUCAGUUUUGAUGAUGUCAUUCAACACUCAAAGUCCAGGAAGAAGCAGUAUUCCAGUGUGUUGAAGGCGAUUAACAUGGUGAAUCCACAGUUCACGCCGAAACCUGAGUUUGAAGAUGAGUCUUAUGAUUGUCGUCUGUUGAAGGGGAUUAGUCCAGAUGGGGGAAAACAGAAAAGUCCAGCUGAAAAUGUUCUCUCGAAGGAUGAUAUCGAGAGGAGAUAUUUGCGACAGAUGAAGAAUGAGAUGAACGGUUACGUAGAGAUCAAAAGCAUCGAAAAAUUCGACAAUUCAAAGCCAAUAGUUCCCUACUACAAGUCCCUAAUCUCCGAACUGGAAGAGGAAUGGAAAAAAACAGCAUCAGCAGCAUUCGACAGAGACCUGAAGGCCCUGAAGAGUCGGGAGCACCAGCCAAUCCCAAAUGCGAUGGUCCUCUACCCCUGCCUCUGCGUUCUAGACAAGGAGGAAUACGUCAAGGCCAUCCUUCGAGAAAUCUGGAGACUGGCAGACGGUUCUGAGACGUUCAGCCCCUCGAUCUCCUACCUCUGCAAGAACCUCGGAAAAUACAUAAACGAUAAAUACGAGAUUCUCGAGAGCAAGAACAAUGGCUACCUUGAGAGCAUGGAGAAGGUCUACUCAAGGUACGGCCAAUGGUACAUGGACAGAACAGACGGUACCAAUAGCAGGACAAGUUGGCAGAGAAUAGCAUCACAAGUCUGUCGAGACUUGAAACUAGACGUGGAGUGCAUCAGGUGGCCUGUGAACCUCCAAGUCUCAGUGGGAAAAUUCUUAUACCAAAUAAUCCUCAAGGACAUCAAGUUGGACGUCAGUGCAGUGAGACCCUGCAGCAAAACCAAGCACUAUCUCCCUGCUUUCUACACAUUAUUCAGGAAUAAUAGUCAAAAGUAUUUAGUCGAGGAGAUAAAGCCUCACCCAAUCCUCUCAAAAAUCUACAGAGAGUCUCAGCCAGAAACCCUAAAAUUCGACACUUCCCUCGUGCCUUCCGAGUGUCCCCCACGUCCGUGGUCAUCGGUCCACAGUGGUGGAUACCUCGUACUGCGAAGUGACGUCGUCAGAGUCCCAAUGUACGCGAUGGAGCAGUGGAAACGUCUGGAGGCACUGCCAAAACGUCAACUCUGGCCCUCUUUAGAUUGUCUCAAUCAGCUGGGCUCCAUCCCCUGGACAGUAAACACUGCAAUCCUGGAUCUAGCUAUCAAGAUCUUCAGGGAUGGAGGAUCUGAGAGGCUAAAUGUACCCCAGCCCCCCUCAGUCCUAUCCCCUGCACCUUUACUCCGGCCUGACUGCAGUGAAAGUGAGAGGAAGGCCAUUUACAAAGUCAGGAUAGACCUGAGGAGGAAGAAGGGGGAGAUGUACUCCCUCUGGUGUGACACUUUAUACAGACUAUCAUUGGCCAAUCAUUUUAGGAAUAGAACAUUCUGGCUGCCGCAUAAUAUGGAUUUCAGGGGGAGAGUCUACCCAGUGCCUCCACAUUUAAAUCAUCUGGGUUCAGACCUGGCUAGAUCCAUGCUGGUGUUUGCUUUGGGCAAGCCAUUGGGUCCAAAUGGCCUCGACUGGUUGAAGAUUCAUUGCAUCAAUCUGACAGGAUUCAAGAAGAGGGAGCCGAUCAGCGAGAGACUGAGGUACGCCAAUGAGAUCCUUGAUGAGAUUCUAGACAGUGCUGAAAGGCCAUUAGAUGGGGAGAUGUGGUGGGCGAUGUCUGACGAACCCUGGCAGACCCUGGCUGCCUGCAUAGAGAUAUCCAAUGCUUUGAAGUCUCCGAACCCUGAGGAGUACGUCUGCAGGUUUCCAAUCCAUCAGGAUGGCAGUUGCAAUGGUCUCCAGCAUUAUGCUGCCCUUGGGAGGGAUCAAAUUGGUGCUGAGAGUGUUAAUCUCCAUCCCAGUCCUGUCCCCCAGGAUGUCUACUCGACUGUCGCUGCGAUGGUGGACGACAUCAGGAGGAGGGAUGCCAGCAAUGGGGUGCAGGUUGCACAGAUUCUCGAGGGCUUCGUCAAGAGGAAGGUCAUCAAGCAAACCGUGAUGACUACAGUGUACGGGGUGACCAAGUUUGGAGCGAGGCUGCAGAUCGCCAGGCAGUUGAAGGACCUCGACGAGUUUCCCCAAGAGUUCGUCUGGAGUGCCAGUUUGUAUCUUGCUCAGAAGACUUUUGAGAGCUUGAGGUCCAUGUUCGAUAGUGCCAGGCAGAUUCAGGACUGGUUCACUGACUGUGCCAAGGUCAUCUCGAUCAUGAAGGGGAAAAAUAUGGAGUGGGUGACACCACUGGGACUUCCAGUGGUUCAACCGUACAGCAAGAUCAAUCCGGCAAGGGGAGGGCUGAUGGAAGUUGCUAUGGACACUUACGAAAAACCAAACACCACAAAACAAAAAAAUGCUUUUGCCCCCAACUUUGUUCACUCAUUGGACUCCUGUCACAUGAUGUUGACGAGUUUACACUGUGAGUACGAGGGAAUUACAUUCGUAUCGGUGCACGAUUGCUACUGGACUCAUCCUUGUACGGUGGAGGUCAUGAAUAAAGUUUGCAGAGAGCAAUUUGUUGCUCUCCAUUCGGAGCCCAUCCUCGAAGAUCUGUCCGACUUCUUUGUGAAACAUUACAUCGAACAACAUAAUGAGGAUGCAGAAAAGACAAAGGACCUCGAAUCCGCACUCUCGACGAGAAAAUUAAUGCAUACGCUGACAUCUCUACCGAAGAAGGGUGUUUUCGAUCUUCACAGUGUUCUAAAAUCCACUUACUUCUUUAGUUAAUUGAUAACGAACAGUAGGAAUCAGUGAAUUUUGUGAUAAAGAUCCAAAUGAACGAGGUUGCUUGAAUAGCCAGUGAAACUGUAUUAUAUCAAUCGUGUACAUAUUAUGUACUGCAUAAUUUAAUAAUGUAACAUGGUUUAUUGUUAUUAUUAAAGGAUAGAAGAU